CUCCCUCUCUGUGAGCAGCCCUUGCGCAUGCGCUGUGCGCCGCUCUCCUCGUGAUGACAGCUAAUGACAGCGCUGCCGCAGAUCAGUGACUGAGAGGCGGCUAACCUGCGACCAACCACCCGCUCUGACCCGACAAACCUCCGCAUCAGCCGCGUUUGGAGGCAGCCAGAACACCCAGCGAACGCUAACCACGCCGGUCAUUUAGCUCUCUGCCCGUGUGAGCCGGUGAAGAUGGUGAAGCCAGACAUCCACACUCUGGCCCACCACCUGAAGCAGGAGCGGCUGUACGUGGCGUCGGAGAAGCAGCUGAUCCAGAGGCUCAACAGCGACGUGCUGAAGACGGCCGAGAGGUUGUACCGGGCCGCGUGGAUCGCCAAGCAGCAGAGGAUCAACCUCGAUCGUCUCAUUCUCACCAGUGCCGAGGCCUCUCCGGCUGAAUGCUGCCAACAUGCCAAAAUGCUGGAGGACACGCAGUUUGUCGACGGCUACAAGACUCUGGGCUUCCAGGAGACCAUCUACGGCGAGUUCUUGGCCAGGUUGAGGGAUAACCCCAGACUGGUGGCGUCGUGUCUGGUGGCAGGAGAGAGGCUGAACCAGGAGCACACCCAGGGGGUCAUCCACACAGUCUUCACCUCACUCUACGGCAACUGUAUCAUGCAGGAGGAUGAGAGCUAUUUGCUACAGGUGUUACGAUACCUGAUAGAGUUUGAGCUGAAGGAGAGCGACAACCCUCGCCGUCUACUGCGACGGGGAACCUGUGCCUUCAGCAUCCUUUUCAAGCUCUUCUCUGAGGGCCUGUACUCAGCCAAGCUCUUCCUUACUGCCACCCUCCACGAACCCAUUAUGCAGCUGCUGGUGGAAGAUGAAGACCACCUGGAGACCGACCCAGCCAAGGUGACGGAGCGCCUCACUCCGGCCCAGCAGGAGCGCUUCGGAGAGAAGGGCUCCGAGGGCUACAAACAACGGGUGCAGGCGGCCGUGGAGGCCAACGAAGCCAAGCUGGUCGCUUUGGUCAACAAGUUUAUCGGUUACCUGAAGCAGAACACCUACUGCUUUCCCCACAGCCUGCGCUGGAUCGUGUCGCAGAUGUACAAGACUUUGUCGUGCGUGGAGCGUCUGGAAGUGGGCGAGGUGCGCACCAUGUGUACGGACCUGCUGCUGACCUGCUUCAUCUGCCCAGCUAUAGUUAACCCAGAGCAGUAUGGGAUCAUCUCAGAUGCCCCCAUCAACGAAGUGGCCCGCUUUAACCUAAUGCAGGUGGGGCAGCAUUUGCAGCAGUUGGCCAUGGCUGACGAUGAUGCAGACCCCAGACGGAAAAGCAGUUUGUCCAAAUUUGAUAAGAGCUGCGUCGCUGCCUUUCUGGACGUGGUGAUCGGAGGAAGAGCCGUCGAAACUCCACCCAUGUCCUCGAUGAACCUCCUGGAAGGCCUCAGUCGGACCGCCGUCUAUAUCACACACAACCAGCUGCUCGUGCUGGUGGACUUUGUGCGGAGCGUCAUGGCGGGGGACCAUCUUCGGGAGGAAGAGCACAUGGCUCUGGAGACCCUGGUUGCCAACGUGCCCCAGAAUCGAACUGUGAAGAGCAACAGUCUGGAGCUGACUCCCUCCAACACCCCCCAGCUCUCCCCAGCCACCACUCCUGCCAACAAGAAGAACCGGCUCCCCAUAGGACAACACUUAGCAGCUAUAACAUCCUGGGACCCCACAGCCACCACUCUGUCUGCUCACAUUCCAUUAGUAACCCCGUUUGCAGCUGCUCGCAGCCGCAGCCGUACCAACAUAGCCCAGGAGGGGGAGGCAGAGGCCAGCUCCCAAGAAUCCCUCCAGGAGCUGAUGCCAGAGGAGGUGCUGGUGAUUUCACUAGGAACUGGUCCUCAGACUGUCCCUGGGAUGAUGUCAGAGAAUGAGGUUUUGAACCUGCAGAUGGCUGAUGGGGCCCAGGGGGACGGCCAUGCUGAUGAUACUAAGCUGCACGGUAAACCAGACAAAACCCUGCGCUUCUCCCUCUGCAGUGACAACUUGGAAGGCAUCUCGGAGGGUCCAUCCAAUCGCUCAAACUCUGUGUCAUCUCUGGACCUGGAGGGAGAGUCUGUUUCUGAACUCGGAGCCGGACCAUCAGGGAGCAACGGGGUGGAGGCUCUACAGCUUUUGGAGCAUGAACAGGCCACCACUCAGGACAACCUGGAUGACAAACUUCGCAAGUUCGAGAUCAGAGACAUGAUGGGUCUGACGGAUGAUCGCGACAUCUCCGAGACGGUCAGCGAAACGUGGAGCACCGACGUGCUCGGCAGCGACUUUGACCCCAACAUGGACGAAGAUCGGCUGCAGGAAAUAGCAGGGGCAGCUGCGGAGAACAUGCUCGGCAGCCUGCUGUGUCUUCCUGGCUCGGGUUCAGUACUGCUGGACCCCUAUGGCUCCACCAUCUCGGAGACCACGAGCGAGGCCUGGAGCGUGGAGGUCCUUCCCAGUGACUCAGAAGCCCAGGACCUGAAACAGGAGGAGCGUCUGCAGGAGCUGGAGAGCUGCUCAGGAGUCGGCAGCACCUCGGACGAUACGGAGGUCAGAGAGGUCAGCUCGAGACCCAGCACACCAGGCCUCAGUGUCGUCUCAGGCAUCAGUGCAACCUCAGAAGACAUCCCCAACAAGAUCGAGGACCUGCGGUCAGAGUGCAGCUCAGACUUUGGAGGGAAGGACUCUGUGACCAGUCCAGAUGGGGAGGAGUCAGGCCACGGAGCACACCAUCUGACAUCUCCACCUUCACAGAGCGAUUCCUUACUGGCCAUGUUCGAUCCCCUCUCCUCCGGUGAAGGCUCCUCCACCGGCACAAUAGUGAGGCCUAAAGUGCACUACGCCAGACCCCCUCACCCUCCCCCCGAUCCUCCCAUCCCCGAAGCCAGCGCCCUGGGCCCGGAGACGCGCCACUCUCUCUUCACGCCCCACUGCCUGGCCCAGGCCGAGCUGGAGCACACCAAGCAGCGCCACUCCUUCCCCGACAGGCUGGUCCGCAGCCGCAGCUCCGACAUCGUGUGCCCGGGCCGCCGGCCCACAAGCGACCCUGGCCUUAACCGGCGGGUGGCGGUUGAAGAGCGCGACCCCGCCGGGGCCUUCGCCUUAGGCCCGUCCUCGUCCCCCAGCAAGGACUCCCUGAAAGGAGAGGUCGAGGACAGGAAAGACAGCGACGACGAGAAGUCUGAUCGCAACAGACCCUGGUGGAAGAAACGUUUCGUGUCAGCCAUUCCCAAAGUGCUGUAUUGGACGGCUGAGAGUGAUGUCCCAGCUCCGAUCGCGGCGUUCAGGAAAAGGGACAAGCAGGAGAAAGACGACAUCGCCCAGGAGCGAGUCCCACAAGAUGACCCGAUGCCCAGACAAAGCUCUCAAGCACAGGCAGCUGAAGACAUCCUGGACAAGUACAGAAACAUCAAGAGGACCAGCCCGAGCGAUGGAGCCGCAGGUGGAGCUUCUUAUGAUGGCACAGGAGAUCUCUGCGUCGAGGACAACGUGCACGACUCUCCCCGAGAAGACACUCUGCAGAACAUUUCCACAGAUGACCUCCCGGACUCAGCCAGCCAGACAGCGCAGCAGCACGACUCCAAGUUCUCUUUCAGUGAUGCAAAGAAGAAGCUGAGGUUGGCGUUGUGCUCUGCAGACUCGGUGGCUCUGCCCAUCAUGGCUCCUGCAACCACACGAAACGGGCUGCCCGACCACAUGGACUCUGAAGACAAUGAGAUCGUCUGCUUCCUGAAGGUUCAGCUAGCAGAGGCCAUCAACCUCCAGGAUAAGAACCAGAUGGCCCAGAUCCAGGAGACCACGCGCUGUGUCAGCCGCUUCGACGCACGCACCUGCAGGAAGCUGCUGGCUGCCAUCGCCGAGGAUUACAGAAAGCGGGCACCGUACAUAGCGUAUCUAACCAGGUGUCGUCAGGGCCUGCAGACCUCGCAGGCCCAUCUGGAGAGGCUCCUCCAGAGGGUGCUGAGAGACAAGGAGGUGGCUAACCGCUACUUCACCACGGUCUGCGUUCGGCUCCUGCUCGAACACAUGGAGGCCAAGAUGCUCGACUUCAUUAAAGCGUUCCAGGGGUGCACAGCAGCGGAUGACAAGACGGCAGCGGUGGAGGAUUUUCUGCGCUACUUGUACGGUGCCAUGGCCCGCGAUGCCAUUUGGCAGUACGCGAGCGAGGACCAGCUGCAGGACGCCCAGAUGGCUAUCGAGCGCAGCGUUAUGAACCGCAUCUUCAAACUGGCCUUCUACCCCAACCAGGAUGGAGACAUCCUCAGAGACCAGCUUUUCCACGAACACAUCCAGCGGCUCUCCAAAGUUGUGACGGCCAAUCAUAAAGCUCUUCAAGUCCCGGAGGUUUACCUGAAGGAGGCCCCCUGGCCCUCCGCGCAGUCUGAGAUCAGGACCAUCAACGCGUACAAGACGCCACGAGACAAAGUGCAGUGUAUACUGCGCAUGUGCUCCACCAUCAUGAACCUCCUCAGUCUGGCCAAUGAAGACUCUGUCCCCGGGGCGGACGACUUCGUCCCCGUGCUCGUCUUUGUCCUCAUCAGGGCAAACCCGCCCUGCCUGCUGUCCACCGUUCAGUACAUCAAUAAUUUCUAUGCCAGCCGGCUGAGUGGGGAGGAGUGCUAUUGGUGGAUGCAGUUCACCGCGGCGCUGGAAUUCAUUAAGACCAUCGACGAUCGCAAGUGAAGCAGAACAGCCACCUGUAUGGGCAGACUGCGGGGGAAGGAGCCGGGAGACUGGGAGACUUCCCAACCAACUGCUCCCUCCGCACAGCUUAUGAAACCUGGCCGUCAGCCUGCUCCUUUAUUUGUAUAGCUUGUACAUAGCCAGAGACGUUGAAAGAUUACAAAAUAUAUAUUACUGUAUGUAUGUGGACAAAUCCAGGUUUUAGCCGUGGUGGAAAAAAAAACAAAAACGGCCUUGGGGCAAGAAUUGGCAACUUUGAAAGCGAUUUUUAUUUUUUUUUCUUAUCUUUUUGUCUCUUCAUUAAAUCAACCUAAAAGAUAAUCCUAUAUAUAUAUAUAUAAAGGGACCAGACUUCCUUGAUGUGAUCACUGAUCUUUUCCCCCCCCUGAGUGAGAGGGAAGGGCUUCCAAUUCAAUUACAAUAUAAUGUUAAUUAAAUGCAUUGUAACGUGGGGAUCUGCGGUGUGUGUGAUCGUUACUGAGGACUCACAGACGCUGAGAUCGGUUCACAAUAACCAUAGUACUCAUAAGGUUAGUGUAUGGAACAGUAGGGCAGCUUACUUCAUUGUUUACUUCAUCGUAUUCCCGAAAAGAGAAAAAAAACAAACACACGUGUGUCAGUGAUGAUUUGGACAUAAGGGCCCACAUAUUUAUAUGAAAUAAAAUGUAUUUAUUUCUGUAAUUCUAUUUAAUGCUUUUUGUUUAUCUCAUUUAAAGAAGAAAAAAAAAAAAAAGCAUAUCGUGCCCAUUCGAGAUGUCUGAGGCAAAGCGGCGUUAUUGUAAUAAACCAGUUAGAAAGGCACCUUAGCGACGAGUGAGCCUGUAGGUGGAGGUGGUGGUGGGAGGGCGGAGGGUGGAUGGGUGGAUGCUGGGGGGGCGAUUUGUGAGGAUACAGGGUCGACUCGUGCACAGAGUAGCGGUGGCAUUUCUGGAUAUGUAUGAAAAAUAGUGCCUUUGUUGUGGGGCGCUGUGUACAGGUAGUUAUUGUUUCUUUUUUUUUUUAAACCCAGCAUAGGCAUUAUCCCCACCCAACCCCACCCACCCCCACCCGCCCUCCUCUACCCCGCACACACACACACACACUCCUACGGGCCACUGAUUGUCAUGGCUCAGUCCCUUUAAUGCACUUGAGUUUGAACAAAUAAGUCCCCCUUUUGGUAUUCUAGGUCCUACCUCAACAGUUGAAACCAAUGAGCCUGCCUCGGUUCACAACAGAGUUCUGGAUCACUUUGCACUGGUUUGAAGAAACAACAGUGAAGGGGGGAAGGUGGGAAAAGUUGGACGUUGAGCUGCUGUGGUCACAUCGCCCUUAAUUAAUGAAUUAACACAAGGCUUUGUUAGCGGACAAAGAGGUUUUUUUAGUUUCUGAUCUCGUUCCUGAGACGUGGCAGACUAGUGAUCUAUCGGAUAUUAGCUCUCUACCUCCUCAUAAGUUCAAGAAAGGGACUCGUGUUUAUGUGCACUUACAUUUCUUUUCUUCUUCUUCUUCUUCCCAGUUUGGCGUGCUGUGAUAUCCCGGUGUCAUUGUAACUUUUACCGAUUAUAGUCCAAGCAUGUCUUUAAUUAUCCAGAAAUGACUAAAAAAAACUUGAACUCCUCUGCUUCGUUUUUGUGCACAGACGUGCCACGUGUAUCAUAGUUUUUCCCGAUGAACCCCCCGCGACCUGACAGCACAAUAAACACACACACGGUAGGAUAGAAGAGCAAAUAAUCAACACUAUUGACUCGUUACUGACUUCUUGCAGUUUAUGCUUUAAAAAAAAAACACAAAAAGGGAAAAAAAAAGUGGUCGGUGUAGUACGUGAGUGUGGUUUUUAUCUCGUGAGUGUGUGUGUGUGAGAGAUGACUGUGUGAUUGCUUGACCCCUCUGCCUCCUCUUGCAUGAAGUCAUUGGAUGGUCUGUACAUUCUCAGUCAUGAUGAAACAGUAGAAUAGGAUUAGAAUCUGCCACAGGCCAGUAAUUGAACCUGCAAGAGGAUGCAAAGCUUUCUCUCUUUGUGUCCGUGAUACUUGCAUAUCAAGAACUCGAUGAUUUAUUUUGCACAAAACAGAUGUGUGUGUGUGUGUGUGUGUGUGAGUGUGUGCAUGUAAAACAAAUUGACAGGGAGCAGUGCAUUUGUCCUUUUUACAGCCAUUUCACACAAAUGUGUUUAUUCUUUCUUUUAAAUGAAUAUUCGAGUAGCCAAGUUAAGCACCUGACUGUUGACGAACAUCUUUUUUUCGUGUCCGUCUCCACGUAGCGCACCAGAUCCCCGUACGUGUCCGUGCAGCACGCCGCUUCCUUGCAGAGUCUGUGUGUGUGUGUGUAAUCAAUCUGAUGAGAAAACCAUGCACUGGAAAAUCAAGUUGCAGGUUGCAUCUAUACUAAUUAGGUUUAUGUGAUGUCACUUUAAUUGGAAAUACAUACUGCGCAAAUCUGAUGAAAUUAUUUGGACCUGGUUUAUGUUUCAGGGGGGUUUUUUAUCCUCAGAUGGCCGGUCGCAGCAGUCACACACACACACACACACACACACACACACAUGACCUCCCCGAGUGAAGUACACAUAUGACUGUGAUGGCAACUGUUGUAUGCAAACCACUGGACGGUGGUGUCAAGUUCUUCAAAGCUUUACUGCUCUGCUCCCUGUGCAAUUCAAGCUGAAAGAGCGGAGGAGAAACAAAAAAAAACAGAGUUUUACAUCUUACAUCUAAUUUUACAUUUAAUUGUAAGCUUGCACAAUUAUGACAUGCGGGGGAAAAAAAGCCGGUUUGUCUUUACUGUGAUUAAUGCAUUAUGUAAUUCUUUAAAAACAAUAAAAGAAGCAGAAGUUUU